AAAUAAACGUCACAUACGACGUCACUUCAAACAAUACGAAACGAAAAAUCGAUUGGUCGUCCUAAUUUAGUAAAAGUAUCAUUAAAAUAUUUGACUUGCUAACGAGUAAUUGCUAUUAACCAUCAUGCAGAAGUGUAACGAUGAUAAUAUACCUUUAGCAGACGAUGACCCCCAGGUGAUAAUCAAUGACGAAAUAGACAAUCACCAUUUAGAUCAUGGUCGUUCAAUGGACUCAUUGCCUAGCUCGUAUACUGGUGGUUCCUCAAGCCCUGGCCUCAAUGGGCCGCCUAGUUUCGAGCCGGACUCCGGAAUUGAUGAGCAGGAAGAGAAGGCAAGGUUGAUAUCACAAGUUUUGGAGCUGCAGAAUACUUUAGAUGAUCUGUCACAAAGAGUAGACUCAGUAAAGGAAGAAAAUUUGAAGCUCCGUUCAGAAAACCAAGUCUUGGGCCAGUAUAUUGAGAACUUAAUGUCUGCAUCAUCAGUUUUCCAGUCAACUACACCAAAUAUUGUGAAGAAGUAAAAAAAACAACAAACAUGACCUAAAAUAAGGGCUAAUUAGUAAACUUAAUAUUGUCACACUAUGGUAAAUACAGCAUGGUGGUAAAUACACCUUGAAUUUGUGGCUUAAAGUCACAGGCAUAACAACCAUUGAAAUUGUACUCAAAACUACAAAUAUUUAAGAGUUUGUUGCUGAAAAGCUU